UGCAACGCCGAAAAAACAAAAUGGUUGGCGCUGACGCGGAUUCACAGGGUCGGGGCGGGAGAUGCCAGUUGCUGCCUUGCCUUGCAUUCCGAUUAAAAAACGCCACUAGAUCGUCUUCUGUCGCCAUUCCUUCUGCUUCCUCGCUUCUUAUAAGUUCUACCUCCUCCGUCCAUAAACCAUUUGCUAACACUUCAGACUUUCGGAUCUCUGCCCUGGUUUCCUCCGGCGACCAUGGGAGGUGAUCAUGGCAGCGCGAAGGCCGAUAUCUCCUUUGCUGGGAGAUUCGCAAGUAGCGCCAUCGCCGCCUGCUUCGCGGAGUAAUUUUAAUUACCUUCAGAUUUGUACCAUCCCGUUGGACACUGCAAAAGUCAGGCUUCAGCUACAAAGGACAGCUAUCUCAGGAGAUUCGGUAGCUCUACCGAAAUAUAGGGGAAUGUUAGGGACGGUAGCGACAAUUGCCAGGGAAGAAGGCCUACAAUCACUCUGGAAGGGUAUUGUUCCCGGCCUUCAUCGUCAGUGCCUUUUUGGGGGGCUCAGGAUUGGCUUAUAUGAGCCGGUCAAAAACUUUUACGUUGGUGAAAAUUUUGUUGGAGACGUCCCUCUUUCUAAAAAAAUCCUUGCUGGUCUUACAACUGGUGCUUUGGCGAUUACAAUAGCAAAUCCAACGGAUCUGGUUAAAGUAAGACUUCAAGCUGAAGGGAAACUUCCACCUGGUGUGCCAAGACGUUAUUCGGGAGCACUUAAUGCUUAUUCUACAAUAAUAAAACAGGAAGGACUAGGGGCUCUAUGGACUGGUGUUGGUCCAAAUGUUGCUCGAAACGCUAUUAUAAAUGCUGCUGAGUUGGCCAGUUAUGAUCAAGUGAAGCAGACAAUUUUGAAAAUCCCAGGAUUUACGGAUAAUGUUGUUACCCACCUCUUAUCUGGAUUGGGGGCUGGCUUCUUUGCUGUCUGUAUUGGCUCUCCUGUGGAUGUGGUGAAGUCCAGAAUGAUGGGAGAUUCCAGCUACAAAAGCACUGUUGAUUGUUUUGUAAAAACACUGAGAAAUGAUGGACCACUCGCAUUCUACAAAGGAUUCAUUCCAAAUUUCGGCCGGCUUGGAUCGUGGAAUGUGAUUAUGUUUUUGACUUUGGAGCAGGUUAAAAAACUGUUCAUCAGAGAGGUACCAGCUUGAUGAAUUGGUUAGCUUCCUUGUAUUUCAGUUCAAUUGAAUAAGAUCAUAUUCUACCACAAUUCAAAAACAAUGAAAUCUUGGCAGGAUAUGUAUAAUAUUCAAUUUUCAUUUUUUACAGGAUAAAUAGUUCUCAUUCUGUAAUAAACAGGAAAGAAAUUCAAUUCCUGUAGACUUGAAUUGUAACAUUCUGUUUCUCGUGAUUUAGCUAAUU